GAAAUCCACACAGCGUGGUUAAGUUGCUAAUGCGGGGCUGGGCUUUAUCUGUGCUUCUACGGGUGUACUCAAGUAGUGAGGUUACUCAUCUAACGAGCAGUUUGCAGGACUGAGACUCGAGUGCUCGUUUCUACGUAACCAGUAAGGUAAUACCAAAGGCAGGCAGGGUCUGUGGUGGUAUGGCACAGUUCUGCUGAGCGGGCCCUGCAGAGGUCAGCACACCCGACGCCCUGCUGUCAGCUGGCUGCAGGCUGCUCAGGUUCCUCCGUGCCUGCCACAGGGGGAACUUGCUGUUGGAGCUCCUUAGAGGGAGUGUUUGGCUUCUUGAAAGGCUAAUUAAGAACAACCUGUUGGCACAGCUGGAGGAAUUUGACAGGAUGAGGCCUGUCAUUGUGGUACACGGUGGAGCUGGCCGGAUCUUCAAAGAACGAGAAGAGGGAUGCCGUGCUGGUGUCAUCAGAGCAGCGCUGCAGGGUUAUGGUGUCCUGAAACAAGGAGGCAGCGCCUUAGAUGCAGUUGAGGAGGCGGUACGGUCAAUGGAAGAUGACCCUCAUUUUAAUGCAGGCUGUGGUUCUGUUCUUAAUGAAGAAGGUGAAGUAGAAAUGGAUGCAAUUAUCAUGGAUGGAAAAAAUCUGGCCUCUGGAGCAGUAUCUGCAGUUAAAUGUAUAGCAAACCCAAUAAAACUAGCUCGACUUGUCAUGGAAAAGACAAAGCACAUGCUGCUAACUGACCAUGGCGCCCGCCUCUUUGCUCAGGCCAUGGGUGUUCCUGAGAUUCCAGGGGAGAAACUCAUAACUGAGAGGUCUCGGGAGAGAUGGAAGAAGAACCUUGAGCCAGAUUCCAACCCUGUGGAGUUCCAGAAAGACCUGGGAACAGUUGGUGCUGUUGCUGUAGACAGUGAAGGAAAUGUAGCUUGUGCAACAUCCACUGGAGGACUCUCUAAUAAAUUGGUCGGCCGUGUUGGUGACACAGCAUGCAUAGGAAGCGGAGGUUAUGCUGAUAACUGUUCUGGUGCCACUUCAACCACAGGACAUGGAGAGAGCAUUAUGAAAGUAGUCUUAGCCCGACUGAUCCUCUAUCACAUGGAGCAAGGAAUGUCACCAGAGAUGGCUGCUGACACUGCAUUAGAGUACAUGAAGACUCGAGUCGGGGGCUUGGGAGGUGUCAUCGUUGUUAGCAGUUCUGGAGAGUGGGCAGCAAGGUUCUCCACCAAGCAGAUGUCCUGGGCUACUGUAAAGGAUGACAAACUACAUUAUGGGAUUUACACUGGGGAGAGGCAUACAAAGUCUCUUGAUGAAGCACUUGCAUCUGAAAGUGAGGGAUUCUGAGACUGAAGAACCAUUGACUAUGGUCAAAUGAAGAUCUCCAUUCUUUUUUGGAGGACAGUAACAACUGAUUUAAUUUUUCUCGAGAGAUCUGUACUUUAUUGAUUGAUUCACAGACAUUGCUAUGCUUUGACCCAAAAUGAAAUCCGACAUCAUGAUCAUGGAUAUAUGUAUAGUGCUUACUGGUGCCUUCGGACACUCAGAUCUUCCAGGAGAAUGUACAGUUUGAGGGCUGUAGGUUUAUGUGUUUGCAUUCUUUAAUCCUACAUUAAAGGGAGCCUAAAUUUCC